AUGAAGCUCAAACUCAGUCGUUAUACAAGGUACGUCUCAGAAGAAGAAAAGUUGCGUUGGAAAAAUAUCGCCAAGUUGAUCGUUGAUGAGAUCAGCCAGGUGGGCGGGCUCACGCUCGCGGCGGUAGACAGCCAUCUGCGGCAGUACAGGGACGACCAGCAUCGCCCGUUUGGCGGGAUCCCAAUGAUUAUGUUCUUCGGCGACUUCUUCCAGUUCGACCCCGUCCUGCAGACCAGCCUCCUCUUGCCAAUGCCUAGGGACCGCGGCGGACAGAGACCAGAGAGCGCUGCAAGGCACUUAGCUGCGCAUAGGCUGUUCCUCCAGUUCACCACCGUUGUCAUCCUCCGCGAACAGGUCCGCGCGGCCGGCUGUCCAAGGCUGCGGGGCUUCCUCCGGCGUCUGCGCAACGGCGAGCAGACCGAGCUAGACUUUCAGCGGCUAUGCCACCGCCUCUAUACAUCAUCGUGCAAGUCCUCCUUCGUAGAUGGCUUGAGAGCCAUCACGCCCCUGAACCAAGACCGGUGGGACCUGAACAUGGCCGCCGUUGUCCAGCGGGCUCGUGCCCACGGCAAACACAUCUCCAUCUUUGUGGCCAAGCAUGACACCGAAUCGGGGAAGCGGCUGCGCGUCGAAGAGCUGGGGGACGUACUCCGCCACGGAGACGACUCGCAGCUGCCGACCCCUGGCCUCUUCUUUUACGCCCAAGGCAUGCCGGUCGUGGUGACUCGGAACCAGUUUGUCGGACUGAAGGUGGUCAACGGCGCACCUUUCAAGGCCGUCGACAUCUUUCCCGACCUUGCUGCCGGCACCAUUGCCCUCGCCAGUGACGUGACUCUUCAUCUUGGACCGCCGGUGGCCGUCCUCCUUCAGUCAGACGAUAGCGCGGACCUCGCCAUUCCCGGGCUCCCCAAUGGCACCAUUUUAAUCAACAAAGAAGACAGACAGCCUCUCCGGCCGAUCCAUGCAAGAAGAGAACAAAGAAAACAGCCAUGGGUUCAGUAA